CUAUCUCGCCAUAGCCAAUAUAUUAAUCCCUCGUGACCCAAUUCCUCCCAUAUUCAGUAAUUCACAAUCUCAGACAGAGAAACCAAUCGGAGGAAAAUGAAACUAGUUUGGUCCCCAGAGACAGCAUCCAAAGCAUACAUCGAAACAGUUCAAUCUUGUCGGAUUUUCCGGGAAUCCGGGGUGGCGGAGCUGGUGUCGGCGAUGGCGGCGGGGUGGAACGCGCAGCUAAUCGUGGAGACGUGGUCGGAGGGGGGAGUGAUAGCGACGAGCGUGGGUUUAGCCGUGGCGAGAACUCACACGUGCGGGAGGCACGUGUGCGUGGUGCCCGACGAGAGGUCGAGGGCGGAGUACGCGGAGAGAAUGGGGGAGGCGGGGAUGUCGCCGGAGAUCGUGGUGGGGGAGGCGGAGGAGGUGAUGGAGGGGUUGGGCGGCGGGAUAGACUUCAUGGUGGUGGAUUCCACGCGCGGAAACUUCUCCAGAGUGCUGAGGCUGGCGAAGCUGAGUAACAAAGGCGCGGUUCUUAUAUGCAAGAACGUGAACUCCGCCACCAAUAUUGCUUCUUCUUCGGGUUUCAGAUGGCGGAGCGUGCUCGAAGAAGGGUCAGGGUCGCGUCGUGUGGUUCGUUCGGUGUUUCUUCCUGUGGGGAAGGGGCUUGACAUAGCACACGUGUCGGCCAUUGGGGGGGGCUCCGCUGCUAAGAGAUGGUUCAAGCAUGUUGACCAACAAUCAGGGGAGGUGCACGUUAUUAGACGAUGAAUUUGUGCAUAUUUCAUUUGCAGUUAUGAGGUGCAUUUUCAAUGCAGCUUCAACGAAUAAAAACUAAAACAAAUGUUCUGAUUCUUUGGCCGAAUGAGUUUUGUCUCAUAAUUAUUUUGUACCAGAUUUUUAACAUGUUCUUUGUCUCACUAGGGUUACGUACGUUUUUAGUUUUAGCAGCACUUCUAUUAGGGACAGAUUGGGACAAAAGUUAAGUAUAGUUGCCUAGGCUUUCUCAUGUCCGUAACUAGUAUUCAAUUUUGCUCUUUCUUGUGUAAAUACGCUGAUACAAUACAGCAUGAAUUGUGUAUGCCACAGACCAUCCUAUUUGUUUUAUGAUUCGUUAUAAUAUAGAUAUAUCACCUUACUCUGA